CACAUUGAUACUCUAGCUCAUUACACAUUGAUACUCUAGCUCAUUACAUAUUGAUACACCUUGAUGAGGACCCAGGCUAAUACAUUAUGGGUAUUUUCACCGAUCUUUAGCUUGGUUUCAUAAUUUACAUAUAUUCCAAGAUCCCUGGGUUUAUUACAGACUCGCAGAGAUUAUUGACACAGGUUAAGCACUAUUGACUUUUCCGUGGAUAUCUUUUGUUGGUGCUGACUGAGAACCAUUCUUCCAUCAACUACUGCUAUAGAUACAGCUACAUCUACACAGAGGCCUACUGCCUCAUCAAUAAUCACAGCCUUCCCAGGGUCCUUUGUGAGUAUUGAUCUGCUGGCUGUCUACCACCUUCAUGGAAGCCCCUCACUACUGGAUCUAACUACUCUCAACGCAUUUUUCUCUUUUCUGGCUGAAAUGUGACUCUAUUUGGAAAUUGUCUUGAACACUUGAUUAAAAGCUGUGCCUAUUGGCAUUAGUUGAGGACUCACUGCAGAACCUGAGUAGGGUGGUGUGAGCUAUGCCGGUCCUAGAUAUGGACACCCUUCUUCGACUGCGGCGGGACAUGUCAGCCACAGUAGCGAAGGAGGUGGUCACGACAGUGGCCAGUGCCCUCAGUGAUGUCACAGGGGGAGGCAACGAUGUUACAUCACCCAACGGAAAUGGCACCGACUUCGCUACCACACCAGCCACCGGCUUCAACAAAUUCAAAGACAUGGUGUGGGAUAAAAUAGAAUCAUUGGGACUUCCAAUCUGGGCGUUGGUCCUCAUUGCUAUCGGAGCUGGGCUCUUCCUACUCUGCUGUCUCUACUGUAUAUGUAAACGAUGUAUAUGUCGGAAGAGGAAAAAGAAAGAUCAAAAGAAGGGGCUCAAAGGAGCGGUCGACCUGAAGAGUGUGGCAUUGCUGGGAAAUGCUAUCAAAGAAAAAGUUCAACCUGACCUAGAGGAACUACAAGUGAACAUGGAAGAUAACGAAGAUGCAGAGAGCACAAAAUCUGAAGUCAAAUUGGGAAAGCUUCAAUUUUCCCUCGAGUACGACUUCCAGAAAGGGGAGCUGGCCGUUGGUGUGAUACAAGCUGCUGACCUACCUGGAAUGGACAUGUCUGGGACAUCUGAUCCAUAUGUCAAAGUUUUCUUCCUCCCCGACAAGAAAAAGAAGCACGAGACCAAAGUCCAUCGAAAAACACUCAACCCUGUCUUCAACGAGACGUUUGUAUUCAAGAAUGUCCCGUUUGCUGAAAUCGGCCAGAAGAUUUUGGUCUUCUCCAUCUACGACUUUGAUAGGUUUUCCAAGCACGACCAGAUUGGCCAGGUGAAAGUACCGAUGAACAAAGUGGACUUAUGUCAGACCAUUGAGGAGUGGCGGGACCUAACCAGCCCCGACGCUGAUGCUGAGAAGGAGAACAAGCUAGGAGACAUUUGUUUCUCCCUGCGAUAUGUACCCACUGCUGGCAAGUUGACAGUCGUCAUACUGGAGGCCAAAAAUCUCAAAAAGAUGGAUGUCGGUGGACUGUCAGAUCCGUAUGUGAAAAUAGCUCUCUAUCAGGGCAACAAACGCCUGAAGAAAAAGAAAACUACUAUUAAGAAACGUACACUGAACCCGUACUUCAAUGAGUCAUUCACAUUUGAAGUCCCCUUUGAGCAAAUACAGAAAGUGUCUCUCUACGUCACUGUCGUGGAUUAUGACCGCAUCGGGACCUCAGAGCCAAUCGGCCGUGCAUUGCUAGGAUGCAACUCAAGCGGAACGGAACUUCGUCACUGGAGUGACAUGCUUGCCAAUCCCAGGCGUCCAAUCGCACAGUGGCACACUCUCCAGGAAGUCCCAGAGAAAAGCUAAGAGAUGUGGCAAAGGUCAACCACUGCAGGGUCGACCUGUACAGGGUUACAAGUACUUGACCUAGAGGCCAUGAUGUGCAAUGUCAUCAGACAUAUUAUAAAAACUGUUGAAAUGAGCAUAUAUUGUUAUAUGUCAUAGUCAUCAAUAUGGCAAGGAUGAAUGAAAUAUUAUAUUUAGCAAUUAACUUGCUAUUAUAUUACAUACAUUACUUGUUAUCCUGUUUUGGGGUAAUUUAUAUAUCUUUUUUUCUGUUGUAGUACAUAGAAGGUUACUUUAAUAAAGGAAAGCAUAUUGGACACUUCAGCUUUCAAGGUUUUAGUACUUCAUGUAUAGUUUCAUCAUCUAUGGAUACCAAAUAUCCAAGCCUUGUAGCCUUCAAUUUUAGAUCCCAAGGUUAAAUCAACAGACAAAAAAGGGGGUGUUUGUGUAGUAGUUUUAUCAUAAUGUAGCUGAACAAAUAUGUCAAUGCAAUCUUUUAGAAUCGGUGUAUUGACUGUGUUGAUAUAACAAUGCAUAGCCAAUUCUCUUUAUAUUUUACCUGAGUUAUCCAAUUUAUAUAAAUAUAGUAUUAAUAUAAUGGAAAUCCACCAUGUCAGAUAUGUUUGACAAGGCACCUUUUUUUUUACAUUUUACCAAAUAUGCUUUACGUUUAUCAAAUGUAAUAUUCAAAUUUAUUUUAAAUUAUAUUUUUACCAAAGGAAAUAAAUUUUUGGCCGAGCGGAUAUGGUUAAGCCUACUUUAGACUUUGCUGAAAUCAUUUUGUUUCAGUAGGUAUAUUAAACCUGGAUUACAUUAAUCAAAUGAUGACAUUCCAUUUUAUUGUAAACAUGCUGAAAUAUUAGGAAACUGUUUUAGAUUUUAAUCAUCUGUAAAGUAUCAUUAAGUAGAAGGAAGGUUAAUUUUGGGGGAAAUUAAUUAGUUUAUCAAUCAAUAUUGAAUUAAAAUCAUAUGAUGUAAAUACCCUUUAUCAUUGAAGAACAAAUAUGCAUCAUUUUAGACCAAUUUUACAGCUGUUGAUCAAAGUCCAUAUAGUUAACAACGGUAGCAUCACUCAGCUUGUAGAAAGAAGACCAUCUCAAAGGGUAUACAUCCUCCCUUCUCACUAGUCACCACUCCUGGUCACAACAUUAUGUAAGGUUCCAACGAAAUCUCACCAGUAUAUAGGUCAAGGUUCUUGCCUCUUGAGUUAUCUACCUUGAUAUGUGUGGGGGAAAAAAGACAAUUUCUGAGUUUAAAGGAAUUUCAUUGUUCUUAAAAAGGUGUUGAAUUAUCUUCAAUUAGGUGUCAUAAUAUAGAAAUUUUGGAUGUUUUCAAAAAAAAAUUGGGAUUCAUCAGUCACAAUAAGAUCAUAGAAUUACAAUUUUAAUUAAGUUUCUUAAAGUUCUUUUAAGUUUUUUAAAACAUUCUUUAGCAUUAAAUGUCAGUUUCGACUGAAUUUAUUACCUAAAGAUCUAAAUGAUGAUUGAAAACGUUAGUGUGUGUCAGACAGACUUUUUGAAAUAAGACAAAAAUUCUCAAGUUGUAAAUAAAUUUUAAGUUUAAAUUGAGGUUGAAUUGAUGAGACAAUUCGGUGAUUUGAACUUUGACCUGUGUGUGUAGCAUGUAUAUAGUUGCCCUCACCCUGUCGUAUCUGUGUCCUUAGGCUUCCUGUACUUAAACAAAACUAGGACAGACCAAAACUCUGUGAUAAAUCUCUAGGAUUUUGUGCUGUUUACAUGACAAAGCCCCAAUUCCAAGACUUGUAAGACUGAGCUGGCGUUCCCAUCAAUCUCAGCUCUACAGAAUUAGUUCAAGUCUGCUCAGUCUUGAGGCUAGUUUUUGAAAAAAGGUGAAGCGAAAUAUAUGUCAGAUUUGUAUAUAUAUAGUUUUUGAACACAUCUCAUUGAGAAUACCUAUGUGUGUCAUUAGUCAAUGGUGAUGGAACAGCUGUAUUUAUGUAUACUUGUAAUCUGUUAGUGUAUUAUUUGCAUCUAUAAUGUAUCUUUCAGAUUCAUUCAAAUCUUUUAUAUCAAUUGAUAGUGUCACAAAAGUAUGAUAGGAAUAAUAUUUCAAUAAUGAACAGGUAUCUCCAUCAUCACAAAGAACUGGAAAUUUAAAUAAAAUUGAAGAUGUGACUAAAAAUCGGGGAAUGAAAAGACAUGUUUAUGAAUCAUUCCAGUAAAAUCCCUUUUCCCAAUGUUAUCUUUCACAGCCGAUGGAAGAAGUUAUUGUUAUAUGAUAUUCAUGUUUUAUGAUGUUUUUGUUUGUAUGAUUUUUUGUUAGAUAAGAGACAUAUUCCCGGUAAGGUUUGUGAUAUAAUGCAAACAAAGAAGUGUGAGAAUUGUUAAAAUACAUUCAUUUUUUUUAUUUUUUUUUGUAUAAUUAAACAAAGAAAUUCUCAUGUUAAAAUGCCUACCUAUUCAACAUCAAAGGGAAGACCAAGAUAUAUAUUCUCAGAUGCACUUGUUUUAAGCUACUUAAAAUGUGUAAUUAUUUGAUUUUAUCUCUGUAGGAAAAAAGUUAUGUUUGGGUCAUAAACAUGAUUUCUUCAUACUCACAAAACUUGCUGUUCUGAACUGUUAGUAUUCCCAGAUAGUGAGUUAAUGGAAGUUCAGGCUAAUAUUAGGUUAACAAGCUUUGUCCUACAUCUGGACAUGAUAAGCAUGCCCAUUUCCUUGUAUUAAAUAAUAUUUUAUUCUAGUUUUAUUUGAUGUACAGUAAUAUACACCUUCAUCAGAGCCUGCAUUUUAAAGUGAAUCUCUUUGUUUAUGAACAAAGUUUCGAGUUUCAGUUGAAACAAUUAUAGUUCUAAUUGUUAUCUUUAGUCUCAUUUUUUAUUAGACAUUUGUAAUUCAAAUAUAAACAUUAGCUGUUUUUGAAGGUUUUUCUCUUGGGUUUAAAGUAGUGAUCAUACUAGACACCUUAUUGUAAAAUCAAAUGUAAUUAACAUUCCUGAUAGGUAAUUUUCUCAUCAUCGGGUAUUAGCGUUUUGCUCUUUUUCAUCAUCAAGGUUCUAAAAUUAGUGUUCUAAGGUUUGGUUAAUAAGUUCUUGUCUUACCUCUAAGACAAAUCCCUCUAUUGAACACCUUACAUGUGUCUCUUCUGUCAUACCUUUCAUACGAGAUCACAAACCUAUGAAACUGAUAAGAAUUUGGGGUUACUGAACUGUCCCUCUGUCCCUCUCUCUCUCUCUCUCUCACACCUUAAUUAUGAGAUCACAAACCUAUGAAACUGAUAAGAAUUUGGGGUUACUGAACUGUCCCUCUGUCCCUAUCUCUCUCACACACCUUAAUUAUGAGAUCACAAACAUAAAAAUUGAUAGGAAGUGUGUUACUGAACUGUCCCUCUCUCUCUCACACACCUUAGUUAUGAGAUCACAAACAUAUAAAAUUGAGAGGAAGUGUGUUACUGAACUGUCCCUCUGUCCCUCUCUCUCUCACACACCUUGGUUAUGAGAUCACAAACAUAUAAAAUUGAUAGGAAGUGUGUUACUGAACUGUCCCUCUGUCCCUCUCUCACACCUUAACUACGAGGGCACAAACCUGUAGAUAUGAUAGGAAUUAUGUGUUUCCAAGCUGUAUCCACCAUUCUGUUACAUAGAGCAGUCUACUGUUGGUGAAAUAAAGUCUGUCUGUCUGGUUA